AUGGGCGCGCACGGCACGCUUUACGCAUUACGCACGGAGUGGAACUCUAUGGAGCAGAGUAACCUGAAAAAGAAGAGCAGUCUCAGUGUGCCGGUGACUGUGGACAUCAGCAGCUCAGACUCGGAUUCAGAUGAGUCGGAAUCCAAAUCUGAGUCUGAUUCUUCAGAUUCAUUGGAUUCAUCCGAUUCCUCUGAUUCAGAAGGUCUGGAGAACUGGAUGAUUCUGGGCCAAGGGAAACAGAAUGAAGACCAGUCCAUCUCACUCAACCUGGAAGGAGGAUCUGACAGCAAUACAGAUGCUGAAGAAGAAGAUGGCAGCUGGUUGGUCUCUGACAAGGACAAAGAGGCUCAGAUAUGUAACAAAGACAAAGGUGCCAGGACAGUGCUGCAGCGGGUUUCCAACAGAUACUACACAAGCAAGAACGUCAAUUGUAGAAACUGCAACAAGACCGGCCAUCUCUCAAAGAACUGCCCAGAACCCAAGAAAUUGUCGCCCUGUUUCCUGUGUGGCACCCCAGGACACCAGACCAGGGACUGUCCCAACAGGCACUGCAACAACUGUGGCCUGCCUGGUCACCUAUACAGCUCCUGCAGUGAGAGGGCAUACUGGCACAAACAGUGUCAUCGCUGUGGCAUGAAGGGGCACUUCUUUGAUGUAUGUCCAGAGAUCUGGAGACAGUACCACAUCACAGGCAAAACAGGCCCUCCUGUGAUGCAGCAGGGAGAGGACAAUGGACGAUCGCCUGCCUUUUGCUACAACUGCUCCAGAAAAGGACACUUUGGCCAUGCAUGUACACGGCAGAGGAUGUUCAAUGGUGUGUAUGCCACCAUCCCUUUCAUCAGCCACUACGACACAGUAGAGGACAUCAACCGCAGACAACACAGGUUAAAGAUGAAGGUUAAGGAACUGAAGAGAAAUGGCUGCUUCUCUAACACCUGUGAGAACCCCGUCACACCAGAACCACCAAAGAAGAAACAGAAGCUCAACCAUCAUAAAAACAACCACACACACCACCAAACCUCUCAGAACCACAAACCCAGUCGCAGCCAUAUCUAUUUUAAUAAUGAUGAUGAUGAUGACUUGACAAUACCAAAAACAAAUAAGUUCAGCAAGUGCAAACAACAACAAAGUACUAGCAAUGUGAAACCAUGGAAACCCAAGAGACCAGUGCCCACCUCAAGAGACCCAUCAACUAAAUUAUUUUUGGAUGAAGCGGAUGACUUUCCCAGAGGGAGAGGCAAAGGACGCGGCAUAGUGGGCAAAAAGAGCAACAAGAAUAAGAUGAAAACAAAGGAAGAACCAAAAGGUGGACAAAGAGACAGAAGACCAGACCAUCUCUUUGGAGAGAAAAGGAAGAAGAAUCAAGCCCGAAGAGUUUCUAACAAAAAAUCUGCUGCAUCAAUGUAUCCAACAGAUGAAAACCUAUUUAUCAUCAAACAGAGGAAACGCAGAUAACAUCUGUAUAUGUGAGGUGUGAGUGGCUGUUAGGGCUGUGCUCUUUCUGAUCAAUUUGUUCAUAAUAUUUAGACACAUGACUCUGGUCUCACUGCAGAAGUGCUCCUGAUCUUUGUGUCAAAGGACAGGUUCAGUUGAAGUCUGUCUUAAAACAAUGGCCAGCUGUGAGGACGACACCUGUGGCUCAGGACCCUCCUGACCAAGAAACAGCGGCAAGUCAACAUGUCCAUGGCGUACCGGGGUGAUGAUUCUUGCUCGGCUAAAUGCGCUAACUUACCUGUGGAGGCGGGGAGUUGAGGCCUCUCCGACCCAGAGGAUGGACUCCUCCCUCUAAUGGAGAACAUGUAUAAAAACACCAAAGCUGUAGCUGCUCCACCAUGCCCACCCACCAGCCACCUGCUGACCUUCUGGAUGCUCCUCAUAACCUGCGUGUCUGACCAAUAACUGAGCUAUAUUUCUAAUCGCAUGGCGUUUGUUUACAAUUUAUGGUGGAUUUGAGAUUUGCCUUUGUGAACAUGCGCCAAACCAGCUUCAAAAUUAAACGAUGUAUCAAACUUCCAUCAGACAUGGACCAACAAAGUGGACUAUUAGGUGUGAAAGCACUAUUAGUCCUAUACACUGAACCUUUAAAAGAUCUCUUACUAAAGUACUGUCAGUGUAAAAUGUUUAUCUGAAACUAAUGAGAAGCUUCAUGUUUAAUGUGUUAGACAAAUUAAAUUGAAGUAUUGAUUAAUACAAACUUUUCUUUUCUGUUACACUGUGGAUGACCAGACUAACACUGCCCAGGAAAAGGACGAGAGUAACACUGCUAAAGUCUUGGUUUUAGUCUUUAUAACACAUUCUUUCCACAAAAUUAUGAUAACAGAUUUUGUUCCCUAUCACUUACACCGGAAUUGUUUUUGUAAAGAAAGGAUCAUUUUAAUUAAAUGUAAUGAAACCAA